GAGGCACAGGACAAAGCGCCGGGGCCCUUGCGGUGGUGAGCAGCUGCAAGGUGCGGGCACUCGCGCGUGCAGGACUCGAUGUGCUUGCGCGCAAAACCUCUCAAGAGUUAGUGGGCCGAGCGUAUUCCGUGCCCCAGAAGGGCUUGUAUGUGCGUAUAUCCGCCCCACAAACGUCUUGACCAAAAUUAAGGGCGCGGUGGCGCGCGCGAUGAAUAAACCGCGUAAAGCGAUCGGGCGUACAUAUACGACGCGGGCGCGCCGACUCCCUCGAACAGGCCUGAGCGCCGUAAAUCCCUUCAUAAUGUCAAUCUGGUGCCGCAAAGGUCAUUCUACUUGUCCAUGCGCGCGCCUGCGCUUGCAACUUUCAAACCCUAAGCGAGCGCGCUGAGCAGGACAAGCGCGCGAGACCUGACAGCCUGAGAAAGUUUUGACAGUAGAAGGUAAGGAUUAAUUAAGUCAUUUGACGUGGUCUCUUGCAAAGUUUCAGCGCUUUCCGUCGGCAGCGGUUGGUUCCUGCUGACGCUCCGCUCGCCUUGUGGGGAUCGUGGGAAUAUAGAGCAAUGUGCCAGCUGCCAUUAUGCGAAGUGCUGUCGUUAGCUUAGGCAGGGGGGAAACUGAGUGGCAACGCAUGCACUGUGAACCCUGUUUCUAGGCACCGAGCGCGUGCAUGUAAACCUCGCGAAAUUGUUGAGAGGUAAAAACAUUCGUGUUGCAAGGUCGCUGAGUAACCCCGUGCACAACUCACCCGCCCUAGGACCCCGACUGAAACUCACAAGUUGCAUUUGGAGGAUGUGGACCGCCCGCGUGGCCAGCGAGCCCUACCUCUGGCCCUAUGAUGGCAACCUUCGGCCAGACAACACCGCUCUUCUGGUCAUAGACAUGCAGGUGGACUUCUGCGGUAAGGGCGGCUACGUGGACCUGAUGGGUUACGACCUGAGCCUAACGCAGGCGCCCAUUGAGCCCAUCAGGCGGGCGCUGGCGGCGUGCCGUGAAUAUGGCUACCUCGUGAUUCACACGCGCGAGGGCCACCGCGCCGACCUGAGUGACCUGCCCGCCAACAAGGAGUGGCGCUCCAAACAGAUCGGUGCCGGCAUCGGCCAGCCGGGCCCCGCCGGCCGCGUGCUGGUCCGCGGCGAGGCGGGGUGGGGCCUCAUCCCCGAGCUGGCGCCGCUGCCUGGAGAGCCGGUCAUCGACAAGCCCGGCAAAGGCUCCUUCUACGCCACAGAUCUGGACCUGUUGCUGCGGCGUGGCGGUGUCCGCAACCUGGUGCUGUGCGGCAUCACCACCGACGUGUGCGUGCACACCACCAUGCGCGACGCCAACGACCGCGGCUACGAGUGCCUGCUGCUGAGCGACGCCACCGGCGCCACCGACCCCAAGAACCAUGCCGCGGCGCUAGAGAUGGUCAAGAAACAGGGCGGCGUGUUCGGUGCGGUGGCAGACGUGGCGGCCUUUGUGUCCGCCGUCACACCACCCGUCAGGAAGAUGCUGGCGGCGGAGGCGGACGCCAGCGCUGCGGACGGCGCCGUGGCAAACGGCCACGCCAAUGGCAACGGCGCCGCACCGGAGGAGGUGGCUUCUGCCGAGCCCGCGGUGGCCGUGCUGCCUGACGCGGUGCCGUACCCAUACUCCUUCCCCGUCGGCCGCUCGGCACUGGUCAUGAUCGACUUCCAGCGGGACUUCAUGGAGGCGGGCGGCUUUGGCGCUUCGCUGGGCAACGACGUGGAGCGGCUGAGGGCGUGCCUGCCUGGCGCAGCUGCGCUGCUGGCGUCGUGCCGGGCUGCGGGCAUGCACGUGGUCCACACACUGGAGGCCCACAAGCCCGACCUGACCGACCUGCACCCCGCCAAGUUCACGCGCGGCAACCUGCCGGCCGGCAUGCGCAUCGGCGACGUGCUGAGCGGUGACAUGGGUCGCAUCCUCAUUCGGAACGAGCCCGGCAACGGCAUUGUGCCGGAGGUGGCGCCGGCAGAGGGUGAGCUGCUGUUGUUCAAGCCCGGAAAAGGCGCCUUCUACGCCACCAACCUCGAGGAGUGGCUGCGGGCGCGCGGCGUCACACACCUGCUCUUCGCAGGAGUCACCACCGAGGUGUGCGUGCAAACCUCCAUGCGCGAGGCGAACGACCGCGGCUUCGACAGCCUGUUGGUGACGGACGCCACCGAGUCAUACUUCCCGCAGUUCAAGGCGGCGGCUGUGGAGAUGAUCACCGCACAGGGCGGCAUUGUGGGUUGGACAUCCACCAGCAGCCAGGUCGCGGCUGCCCUGUCAGCCUGCGAGAAGGUGUGAUGAUGGCAUGACUGCGAUGAGCAAGUAACCUAGGCGGUUGGCGCAGGGAGUGCCCGGAGAAGAGGUGGGGGGGCAGAUCAACGAGCUUCGACGGUUGAUUGGCGGGGCGACAUUACCCCUACCUGCGGCAGCAACACGACAUGAUACAUGCUCGAGUUUAUUUGGAGAGUGCAUUUGUCAAAAUCAAUAUGGCUGCAUUAAAGCAUGCGCUCAUGAGUUUUGUGCCUUACUUUUGGUUUUUACGGCCAACUGCUGCUGCCGUCUCUUAACCUGGUUAAGGUUGAAACAAAAGGAGGUGGAAGCAUGGAUGACAAAUGCAUCUGCUUGACUUUUAUAGGGUACCGUAAGUGCCGUGCGUGGGAAUCGCCACAGCGACCAAGGGUGCACUAGGUAGGAGGCCGCCUCUGUCUUUAUCAGUCCUCAGGAUCAGUCAAGAGGAGAGCGGGCGACACAUGGGCGCGCCUAGGGCUGUGCCUAGCCCAGGCCUGCGCGCCUGGCCGCCAUUGGGACGGCGGGAGCGGGCAGGGCGGCCAUGGCUGACAACCGGUACCACCCAAGUGUUGCUACUUUAUGAAGAUGGUGUAACAUGCAAGUUGC